GAUGAAUCACUUCGAAGUUUCCAGUUUUUUGUGUGCUGAUAUAAUUCUAGAUUUUUCACUUAUCUGACUUUGAUUUUUUAAUAGUCAAAUUGGAAACAUUUUUUUUCUAAUAAAUGUAGCAUUGUUCAAUAAAUUAAAUACGAGUGAAUAUGUCUGAAAUAACUAAGGAAUCGAUUCGUCAAAACAUUUGGACGUAUAUGGAAGAAAACAAUAUUUCCUCUUUUCCACGACCAGUGUUUAAUCGUAUUCCAAACUUCAAGGGUGCGGAACAAGCUUGCUGUAAAGUGCUGUUGUUGCGAGAAUUUCAAACUGCUGGGACUGUGAAAGUGAAUCCUGAUAAACCUCAACAGCAUGCUCGCUUUUUAACUUUGGAAGCUAACAAGACAUUAUUGGUGCCAACACCUCGUUUGAGAAGUGGUCUUUUUAAUAAGAUUACACCUCCACCUAACCCUAGUAAACACGUCUUGAGAAUAUGCUCUUCUUCUGAAGGAGUAAAGAGCUAUAGUUCAAAAGUAGGACUGAAUAGUAAGGUGACAGUAGAUGUUGUGAUAAUAGGUUCUGUAGCAGUUUCUCUAAACGGACGUCGCAUUGGAAAAGGUGAAGGAUAUGCCGACAUGGAGUUUGCAAUGAUGGCAACAAUGGGAGCUGUAAAUUCGAAUACUCCUGUCAUUACUACAGUUCAUGACUGUCAAGUGAUGGAAUCAAUACCCGAUGAAUUAUUUGGUGAACACGAUGUGCCAGUAGACAUUAUCGUAACUCCAACAAGAAUCAUUCGUUGUGAGACUCCUUUUCCAAAACCUACUUGUAUACUAUGGUCUCUCCUUACUGAUGAAAAAUUGAAUAAAAUACCAAUACUGAGAAUUUUGAAAGAAAUGGAAAAAUCCAAUCAUUAAAUAUUGGAAGAAGAUUGAUACUUUGAGAUAUGCAUACUGUUAAUAAUAUACUUUUUUGCAUGGAUUUUUUAUGUUACUGGUAUAAUCAAAGUAAGAAAUAAAUUGCAAAUUAUACAUGCAUUUUAAUAUUUUGAUAUAGUCUUGAAAUGUGCUCUCACUUUCAAUUUCUUUAUUGGUACUAAAAAAUAAACAUGAAAAUAUUUUAAUGCUCAAUUGAAACCCAAGUGGUAGAAUUUUUUUUAGCAGUCUGUUGUACAGAUUAAACGAAAAAUAGACAGGUAAAUGUUGAAGAAACAGUAAAUGAGCUAAAAGUAACUAUGUGUCAUACAUAAAAUUUUUUAUACCUUUAUUUAGCAUACCCAAGUAUUUUACCUGCAGUUUAUAUUACGGAAAAUACAGUACAAGUCUGCAUGUCUCAAAAUUUUAUUACUGAACCUUUCGAAACCCUACCUUCUCUCCCCCCCUGAAGGUAUUUAUGGACUUUCUUAAGAAUCUAUGACGUGCCUCAACCUGUUUCUGAUACCAGGUUGCCAAGUAAUGGAUUUUGUAAUUUAACUAAACUAUUCUGAAAGUAUUUCCAAUGCACUGAGUAGAGAUGUAAAAUUUCCAGAAAUUUUGAAGACAUGGAAAAAAAAAGAUAUUUUUUUUGAAAAAUUGAUUUUUUAUCAGUUAAAAUAUAGCUUGUUUAUAUUUUCUUACAAAACUAAAUAUUUAAAAAUAUAUGCAGUUUUUAUAAAUUUUUCCCGUCUUAGAAAUAUGUGUAAAAUUGUUACUAUUAAAACAGCAAUUCUGUUUUCUAACUGUAAGACUUCUAAGUUUAAAACACCAAAAAAUGUCCAAAUUAGCCUAAUCACUCCAGAGUUAAUUUUGAGUAAGGUGUGAUUUUUAUAAAUUGCUAAAUUAAAUUUUUGACAAAAAUGUGUGUAAAUGUAGUUUUUUUUCCUUGCA